UGCAGUCUGAGUGAGUUUGAUUGCUGGAAAAUGGCAAAAGCCAAUAUCUCAGCUUAUCAGUGCCAAUUCAGCUGUGCAGUGUGUCUGGACUUUCCGAAGGAUCCGGUGACUAUUCCCUGUGGCCACAAUUACUGUAAGGUGUGUAUUAAUGAUUUCUGGGAUCAGCAGGAUGUGAGGAGAGUCUACAGCUGCCCACAGUGUAGAGAGACUUUCGAUCCAAGACCUGUUCUACGCAGGAACAACAUGCUGGCUGAAAUGGUGGAGGAACAAAAUAAGGCUAACCUCCAAGCUGCAUCUUUUGCUCACUGUUACGCUGGACCUGGAGAUGUGGAGUGUGAUUCCUGCACUGGGAGAAAACGCAAAGCCGUUAAUUCCUGUCUGGUGUGUCAGGCCUCCUUUUGUGAAGAUCAUCUUAAACCUCACCAUCAGUCACCUGCCUUUAAGAAGCACAAGUUAAUGGAAGCCUGUGCAGAUCUCCAAGAGAAGAUCUGCUCUCAUCAUGACAAACCAAUCGAGAGAUACUGUUGUACUGACCAAAGCCUCAUAUGUUGUUUGUGUACAAUGUAUGAGCAUAAAGGUCAUAAUACUGUUUCAACCAGCAAAGGAAGAAUUGAUAAACAGAAUGAACUAACGCAGGAGCAGAUGAAAUCUCAGCAGAGGAUCCAGGAGAAGAAGAAGAAAGUGAAGGAACUGAAAAAGGCUGUGUACACGAUUAAGAUGUGUACACAGGCAGCAGUAGAUGAGAAUGAGAGAAUCUUUACUGAGCUGAUCAGCUCCAUGGAGAAAAAGCACUCAGAGGUGACGGAGCUGAUCAGAGCUCAGGAGAAAGCUGAACUAAGUCGAGCUGAACGACCCCUGAAGCAACUGGAGCAGGAGAUUGCUGAUCUUAAGAAGAGAGUCACUGAGCUGGAGCAGCUUUCACACACACACGAUGACAUCCACUUCCUCCAGAGUUUCCCGUCUCUCUGUGUUUCUCCUGGAUGUGAGGACUCACCCAGCUUCACUGUCAAUCAACAUCUCACAUUUGAUGGAGUGAAGAAAUCUCUCUUAGCUCUGAAAAAACGAGUCGAGGAAAUCUGUGAGGAGGAAUUUAACAAAGUCCAUCCACAAGUUGCAACAUUGUUUCAGAGACUACCAUCACAGCUAAAGAGCAAAAAGGAUUUUCUGCAAUAUUUGAGAUCUCUGACUCUGGAUCCCAACACAGCACAUCCUGCCCUUAUUCUGUCUGAGGAGAACAGAUCAGUGACACGCAGUCAGGCACUACAGCGAUACUCUCAUCAUCCAGAGAGAUUUGACUUCUGGCCUCAGGUGUUGUGUAAGGAGAGUGUGUGUGGACGCCGUUACUGGGAGGUGGAGUGGAGCGGUGAUGUGUCUAUAUCAGUCUCAUAUAAAGUGAUCAGCAGGAAAGGAGGGGGUGAUGAGUGUGUGUUUGGACGCAACAGUCAGUCCUGGAGUCUCAGGUGUUUUUCUUCCUCUGUUUCUUUCUGGCACAACAACACUAAGACUGAUCUCCGAGGUCCAGUCUCCUCCAGAAUAGGAGUGUAUGUGGAUCACAGUGCAGGAACUCUGUCCUUCUACAACGUCUCUGACAUGAUGAGGCUCAUCCACAAAGUUCGCACCACAUUCACUCAGCCUCUGUACGCUGGGUUUUCUGUAUGUCAUGAUAGAGCCACUGUGAGAUUAUGUGUCUGAAAAUUUUAAUGGUACCUGUAGUAUGAUUUAAGAAUAAGAUUUUAUUUCAGUGAGCUGUGUGCACAAACUGUAACACUGUAAUUAUUCCUUUCAAACAGCAUGUUUUCUUUAGAUUAAUGCCAUACCUAUGAAAUCAUUUAAUGCAGAAUGUAAGACUGUGAUGGCUAUAUUGUCAUUGUGUUAGUAUAUUCAAUUUGUUGAUGCAUGUCCAUAAACCUCCUCUUGGGCCUUCCUCUUCUCCUCUUUCCUGGCAGCUCCAUCUCUAACGUUCUCCUCCCAAUAUACCCCUCAUCCCCCCUCUGCACAUGUCCAUAUCACCUUAAUCUCUCUAACCUUGUCCCCAAACUCUCCUACCAGCACUGUGCCUCCAAUAUAUACAAUAUUCAUUCCUAAUUCUGUUCAUUCUUGUCACUCCCAAAGCAAAUUUCAGCAUCUUUAGCUCUGCCACCUCCAGCUCUGCUUUCUGUCUUUUUGUCAGAGGCAACGUCUCCAAACUGCACAACAUUACAGCUUGUCACAACCUGCUGGGGGCAGACUGUUUUUUUGUUGUAUAUAUGUAUUGUCUCAGUAUAUAUGUAUUGUGCAGGUCAGUCCAUUCCUGAUUCCAAUGCAGGACCUGCAACACUCCUCCUUAGCUUGUGUGAUUGUCUCUCUGCCCUGAUGACAUCAUCAUUG